GGCCGGGCUUCUCUCUGCCUCCUCCCCCAUUAAAACUGCAGAGACUGGAGAACUCAGCAGCGGCAGAGGAGACUAGUAAUCUGCACAUGGGAAGCGGUCCGGGGACAGAGAGAUAGAGGGAAGGGGGCUAGAGGGACCGGGAUAGAGGCAGAGGGCACAGGCACAUACCAGGGGGAGCAGGAGCAGCACAGAGGACAUACACUGACCCAGGCAGGAUCAUCACGGCACUCUCCGGGCGUUUAGUUACUCAACUUUCCUCCUGCCCUGGUAGAAAAUGCCCGUGGGACCCCCGUGGGACCAACAGCUGCCCCCUCAUGAGCGUGGCCCACUGUGGCAUCGUCAGUCGUGGCUCAUCCUGACCCUGGCUAUGUUACUGGCCCAUAGGUGCUACACACUAGAAGUAUCCGUAGACAAGCACUCUCAGAUCAAAGCCCGGAAUGGAACGGACGUCUACCUGCCCUGCAUCUUUGCCACCUGCAUCGGCUUUGAGGAUGUCACCUUCUCCUGGCAAUACAGGACGUUCAACGAAUCAUCAAAGCCAGAAGAACUUUACAAGGGAUUUCUCAAGAACAAGAAGUCCAGCCCCAAAGCCUUAGAAAUUAAAGACAGAAGUUGGAAGCAUGACCGUGUUACCCUGGUGCCUAGCAAUGAAACCAAGGACUACAACCUAACAUUGCUUCUGAAGGCUGUGGAGUUUGAGGACACAGGACGCUACACAUGUAUUGUGUCAAACAAAAAGGAAAAAGGCACAACCAGUAACGCUACCAUCUACCUUACAGUGGUGGACAAGUUUGAGGUUGUGGAUAAUACAUUGACUGUCAUUAUUGCGUCUGCAGUUGGAGGGGUGAUCGGACUGCUCAUAUUAAUCUUUAUCAUAAAAAAGAUAGUGUGCGUCAUCCUCAAGCGGAACAACAAAAAGAAAGACUGCCUUGUGAGUUCGUCGGUCAACGAUAACACAGACAAUGCCUCAAAACCGGAGAUCAAAGCCAAACCGAAAGCAUGAUGGAGGGACUGGACUGUAGAGCUUACCGCACAAAGCCCUGGUAUUACUGGAACUCAUGUGAAGGGGAGAGCGUCCUAUGAAAGAAGGCUGAGCACUUUCUCCACUGCAUAUUCAACGUUAUUUACUGCACAGUAAUAAUACUGCCUCCUCAUAGGCCCCCUGGUUUAGGUAUCGCACAUUACUCCUCUAUCACGCCCCAUGAGUCACCAUGUGUGAGUGUGCCGCUCCUCAGAGGAAUGGGCAUCUCAGAAUGCCCCUUAUUUUAGUUUUACCUAGGCAGAAGGCCCAGCUGGUUAUGUGAUGGACGUGGAAAUCAUCAAUCACAUAUUUUUCUAUGCAUGAUAACAAAGGAUCACUGCACUGAGUGUCAGUGAGUGUAAAUAUCUAUGUACAUUUCUAUAAUUACUGUAUAUUAUACGUAUAAAUGCACAAAGUCACUGAGAGGAGGACUGUUUUUGUGGGUACACAGGACUUCUGCAUCUCUAUCUUUGCCCGACCCAUAAUGUGUCCUAAGAUACUGUACUUCUCCAUGUAAUAAAGGGCCUUCUUUAAGACUUGCAGCUAAAUGUAAUAGCCUGCGGGCUGUCGAAAGGUGCGGGACUUUGUGCUGGUCUGCCCGUAUUUUUAAAGCAGCAAUCAUUUACAAGGCAAAACCAUCUUGGUUUUGCCUUGUAAAUGUUUGGCGCUUUAAAAAUACGGGGCAGACUCGCACAAACUCCUGCACCUCCGACAACUCGCAGGGGAUUAAAUUUAGCCUAUGGCCUUUGUGCUAGUAACUGGUGGCUACACAUACAGUAUAUCAUGUCUGCCAGCCUCCAGUGCAGUCUCUGUCUGGGCAAUGGCCCUCAUUCCGAGUUGUUCGCUCGUUCUUUUUCAUCGCAUCGCAGUGAAAAUCCGCUUAGUACGCAUGCGCAAAGUUCGCACUGCGACUGCGCCAAGUAACUUUACUAUGAAGAAAGUAUUUUUACUCACGGCUUUUUCUUCGCUCCGGCGAACGUAAUGUGAUUGACAGGAAAUGGGUGUUACUGGGCGGAAACACGGCGUUUUAGGGGCGUGUGGCUGAAAACGCUACCGUUUCCGGAAAAAACGCAGGAGUGGCUGGAGAAACGGUGGGAGUGCCUGGGCGAACGCUGGGUGUGUUUGUGACGUCAACCAGGAACGACAGGCACUGAACUGAUCGCACAGGCAGAGUAAGUCUGGAGCUACUCUGAAACUGCGAAGUAGUUUGUAAUAGCAAUAUUGCGAAUACAUCGGUCGCAAUUUUAAGAAGCUAAGAUUCACUCCCAGUAGGCGGCGGCUUAGCGUGAGCAACUCUGCUAAAUUCGCCUUGCGACCGACCAACUCGGAAUGAGGGCCAAUGUUGCUGCUUAUUUUAUGAAUGUAAUAAAAAAAAAAAUGUAAUAUUUAACAA